AUGGUAUCGUCGCCUCAAGAUCGCCGACCCAUCGUCAUCUCCGGCCCCUCGGGCGUCGGCAAAGGAACACUUAUUCAAAAGCUAUUCGAUAACCACCCCGGCACAUUCGGAUUCACUGUAUCGCACACCACGCGAAAACCCCGACCGGGCGAACUCGACGGCACCGCUUACUUCUUCGUCUCCCCGUCGCAGUUUUCCGCCCUCUGCGAACAGGGUGCGCUGGUCGAGCACGCGUAUUUCAGCGGCAACUACUACGGCACCAGUAAGCGGACGAUUCACGAACAAACCGCCAAGGGCUUGGUUGUGGUGCUCGAUAUUGAGAUGGAGGGUGUCAAGCAAAUCAAGGCGGACCCCAGCAUCGAUGCGAGAUAUGUGUUUAUUCGAGCGCCGAGUUUUGAAGUCCUUGAAGACCGUCUUAGGGCGAGGGGGACGGAGGGGGAGGAGGAUUUGCAGAGGAGACUGGCCCGCGCGAGGGUUGAGCUUGAGUAUGCGGAGGAGGGUGUUUAUGAUAAGGUUAUUGUUAAUGGGGAUGUGGAAACGGCGUAUGGGGAGCUUGAGAUGUUUGUGUUUGGACUAUAG